UUCCCAUCCUUUUCCAUUAAUUAAUUAUAAUUAAUUUCCCAUUUUCUCGGGAAAAUUGUUUUUUCACCAGUAAAACCAAAACACACGCACCAGCUCAAUUUUCCUGAGAAAAUUUAGACGCUUGCUACCAUUUUUAACUUUAUACAGAGCUUAAAGUUCAGCUCAGUAGUAUAGUAGCUGAGUUGAAUUUCCCGACAGCGAUGUGGAACCUGGCACGAGUCGCCGCCACCGCCGUUGCCAGAUCGAGCCGGCGGUUAUCGACGGCGAUUCCCGGCCCUUUCAUUGUUCACAAGCGCGGUGCUGAUAUCCUCCACGAUCCUUGGUUCAACAAGGAUACUGGGUUUCCUUUGACUGAACGGGACCGAUUGGGGCUUAGGGGCCUCCUUCCUCCUCGUGUAAUUUCAUUUGAGCAGCAAUAUGAUCGGUUCAUGAACUCAUACCGGUCUUUGGAGAAGAACACUCAGGGACAACCAGAUAAAGUUGUUGCCCUAGCCAAAUGGAGAAUCUUGAACAGACUGCAUGACAGGAACGAGACAUUGUACUACAGAGUGCUUAUUGAUAAUAUUAAAGAGUUUGCCCCUAUAAUAUAUACUCCUACAGUUGGAUUAGUUUGCCAAAAUUAUUCUGGGUUAUUUAGACGUCCACGUGGAAUGUAUUUUAGUGCCAAAGAUAAAGGAGAGAUGAUGUCGAUGAUCUAUAACUGGCCAGCUCCUGAGGUAGAUAUGAUUGUCUUGACAGACGGUAGUCGAAUCCUUGGCUUAGGUGACCUUGGAGUUCAGGGCAUUGGAAUACCAAUAGGAAAACUUGACAUUUAUGUUGCUGCUGCUGGUAUCAGCCCGCAAAGAAUACUUCCAGUUAUGCUAGAUGUUGGAACCAACAAUCAAAAGCUACUUGAAGAUCGUCUUUAUUUAGGACUUCGACAACCAAGGUUGGAAGGUGAAGAGUAUCUAUCAAUUGUGGAUGAAUUCAUGGAAGCUGUUCAUGCUCGAUGGCCUAAGGCCAUUGUGCAGUUUGAGGAUUUCCAAAUGAAGUGGGCUUUUGAAACUUUGGAACGAUAUCAUAAAAGGUUUUGCAUGUUUAAUGAUGAUAUACAGGGCACUGCUGGUGUUGCUCUUGCUGGAAUAUUGGGAUCUGUAAGAGCCCAAGGUCGGCCAUUGUCUGAUUUUGUAAACCAAAAGAUAGUUGUGGUUGGAGCUGGAAGUGCAGGGCUUGGUGUUCUGAAAAUGGCCAUCCAGGCAGUUUCAAAGAUGGCAGGGUGCAGUGAAACAGCUGCCAAAAGUCAAUUCUUUUUGAUUGAUAAAGAUGGUCUUGUCACAACUGAUAGGAAUAAUCUAGAUCCAGCUGCAGCUCCAUUUGCUAAAAACCCAAGAGACCUAGAAGGGCUCACUGAGGGUGCUAGUAUAAUUGAAGUGGUGAAGAAGGUUAGACCACAUGUUCUCCUUGGUUUGUCUGGGGUUGGUGGCAUUUUCAAUGAGGAGGUGCUUAAGGCAAUGAAAGAAUCUGUUUCAACAAAACCUGCCAUCUUUGCCAUGUCUAACCCUACAAUGAAUGCUGAGUGCACUGCUAUUGAUGCUUUUAAGCAUGCCGGAGGAGAUAUCGUAUUUGGAAGUGGAAGCCCUUUUGAAAAUGUAGAUCUUGGUAAUGGAAAAGUGGGUCAUGUAAAUCAAGCCAACAACAUGUAUCUGUUCCCAGGAAUUGGUCUAGGAUCACUUUUGUCAGGUGCUCGGCUAAUAACAGAUGGAAUGUUGCAGGCUGCUGCUGAAUGCCUUGCUUCAUACAUGUUAGAGGAAGAUAUCUCAAAAGGAAUCUUGUAUCCAUCCAUUGAUAGCAUUCGAAAUGUAACAGCAGAGGUUGGUGCUGCUGUUCUUCGAGCAGCAGUUGAAGACAACUUGGCAGAAGGGCAUGGUGAUGUAGGGCCCAAGGAACUUGCAAAGAUGUCAAAAGAGGAGACGGUGGAGUACGUCGCAAGAAAUAUGUGGUACCCUGUGUAUUCUCCUCUUGUUCAUGAAAAAUAGAAGUCCUGAAGACCCUGUGCAAGUGCUUUCUAUUUUUUGCUGAGAAAUGUUUUUGGUAUUCAUUUUGCUUUGUAUGGAGUCAACACACAACUUUCUAUUAUUGGAUUGGAUAUGAGACUUAUGUCAUGUGUUAUGUGUAUCACAUAUUUCAUCCAAUAAUAGAAUAUAUAUCAGUUUUGUGUGUGACACAGAUGAGCAAGAAUAACACAUACACAUCUUUCCAUUUUCCAAGUUUAAUGUGUAUACCAUAUUUUGUGGUGUUGUAUGCUACGUAACAAAGAAAUUAUAUAUCAAAAUUUAGGCUGAAAUACAAUCCCUUUUCUGGAGAGAUAUAUCAGUAAU